AAAGUGAAAAUGUUGGAUAACCUUCGUUCACAAAGGGAAGAAGGUAAAUUUUGUGAUAUCGUUUUAAAUGUUGGUGGUAAAACAUUUCCAGCCCAUCGAUCGGUUUUAGCUGCUUCAAGUCCUUACUUUGAAUCAAUAUUGAAAGAAGUUAAAUUAACUAAGGAAGAGAUUACCAUUGGUUGGGAAGAUGCUGAUAGUUUUGAAAUUCUAUUGGAAUAUAUGUAUUCUGGUAAUAUUACUAUUGAUGAGAAAAAUGUCUCUGGUCUUUUAAGGUUAUCCAAUCAUUUUCUUAUUACCAAGUUACAUGGAUUUUGUGAACAAUAUUUGGAACAACGAGAGUUAACUUAUAACGAGGAUGAUGAUGACGAAGAAGAUGAAGAUGAUCUGGUUGAUGAUGAGGAUGGAGAUGUUAUUGAAGAAGAGAUUGAAGAUGAUAAUCUUAAAGAUCAGCCAACUACCGAUACUAAUACAGACCAGGAAAUUGUUAAUACGGAAAAUCCAAAGAAAAGGAGAAAGGUUAAUAAAAAUAAAAGUAGCGUCGAUGGCGGUGGUGGUCAUUCAAACGUAAUUAGUAAAGAGAUUAAAUUGGAGACAAGCGAAACUGGACCUUCUAGGAAGCGAAAAGUGAAAAGUAAAUUCAACAGUGAAGAAUGGAUCACAAGUGAGGCAUCUUCGGCUUCUCGAAAAGUAUCAACCACAGCGACAACCGUAACCAAAUCUGGUGAACAAACUGAUGAGGAUGAAAUGUUCGAUCUUAAUGAAUCAAGUAACGAUCAAAGACCCGCUGGACAAACUGCGUCAUUAGCUCAAUGGAGAGAGGGAAUCAAGUGUCCACAUUGUAGUUAUAUUGGACACAGUGCAACAAGAUUGGAACAGCAUUUAUCUAGAGUACAUGAGGAAGAUACAACAUAUAAAUGUCGUCUAUGCGAGUUUACCUGUAAAUGGAAUCGUGAAUAUUAUAAACACAUGAAGUGUCAUUUUGAUGGUCCACCAUAUAAAUGUGAAGAUUGUGAUUAUACCUGUGAUAGGAUUCAAUUUAUUCUUUCACAUCGAAUGAGACACACCGAUGAGAGACCUUUCAAUUGUGAAAUGUGUCCAUUUAAAUCUCGUACAAAGGGUAAUCUAAUUGUUCACAUGAGAAUUCAUACCGGUGAGAAACCAUAUAAGUGCCAAUUUUGUGAUAGAGGAUUUGCCAUGAAAAACACUUUAGAUCAACACUUGGCUACUCAUCGGGAGGAUAGACCAUUUCUAUGUGAUACUUGUGGUUUCACGACAAAAUAUCAAUCACAUUUACUAUCACAUCGACGUAUUCACACGGGUAAUGUUUUCCAUUGUAAUCACGAGGGUUGUAACUAUUUUUCACCUCGUCGAUCACAAUUAGCUGCUCAUGAGCGGAGUCAUUCAUCGGUUCGAUCACAUAUUUGUGUAACUUGUGGACAAGGUUUCAUUGAGAGAAGUCACUUGGUUCGACAUGAAAGGAUUCACCUUGAAGAUAAACCAUUCAAAUGUACAAAAUGUGAUUACGAGUCAACCCGUCGAGAUAAAUUGAAAGAACAUGUAUUAAAACACCAUUCAGGUGAUUCGAAAAGUCCAGCUCCUUAUAAACCUCGAAAAUCUCGGCGACAAUCUCAGGUUAAUGUUGUUGAAGAAUCAGCGAUUCCCGAAAUUUCCAAUGAUCAACUAAUUGUUACCUCAUCUUCUGGAGAUCAGAUUCAAAUUGCUGCCUCGGAACAAGAAGUUGCCACAGCUAAUUUAAUUUACGAAUAUACAACCGAUGGAGUGACACCAACAACAAUUAAAACUUUGGUUAUACAAAACAUUGAUGGCGAGGGUGACUCAUGUUACCUACAAUUAAAAACAACCAAAUGAUAACAAUUAACUAGACAUUUAAUUGAUAGUAUGUUUGUGUGUGUGUGUAAAAGUAAUUAACUUGACCUUAAUAUUUAAUUUCUUCCUUCAAAAAUGCUUAGAAAAUCAAUUGCUUAUCCAUUACUAUGUUUCCAAUGAAACAAUCAAACUUUACACUCGAUGCAAAGAGAAAUUAACUUUUUAAUUGCAUCAAUCAAAUGUAUUAAUAAUUAUUAAUCAGUUCACUUCUAGGACAUAUAUUCCUUUCUCUCUUCUUUUUUUUUCUAUUGAUUGGAUUUAAUUUUGUGACAAUAAAAUAAAUUUCUAAUUA